CUUUUUGUAUUUGAGGAGUGCUGUGAUCCUUUCGUCGUCUCUCGAGCAGAUCCAGAACCAGCCAGCGAGGGUACAAGAUGCGUCCAAAGAUUGUGCUGUUCGGGGAUUCCAUCACUGAGGGGUCCUUCGGAGAGGGUGGCUGGGGCGCCGGCCUUGCCCACCACUUCGCCCGUUGGGCGGACGUGCUGCUGCGAGGGUACAGCGGCUACAACACGCGAUGGGCGCUCAAGGUGGUGGAGCGGGCAAUGGAGGGUGUGUGCCCCGAUGGCUCUGCCCCGCCGGCAGCGGUCACCGUCUUCUUUGGAGCCAACGAUGCGUCGCUUCCUGACCGACGCAGCGGCUUCCAACACGUGCCGCUUCUGGAGUACCAGAGCAACCUACGAGCGCUCUGCGGGUUCCUCAAGGAGAGAUGGCCAAGAACUGGAAUAAUUCUCAUCACACCACCCCCAAUUGAUGAAGAGGGGCGUCUCCAGCAGAACAGUGAUGCGGAACUUAACAAAUCAUUGAUCAGGGACACUGGAGACAGUUCUGGGCUUCCUGAGAGAACCAAUGAGUCUGCUGGUGCUUAUGCAAAGGGGUGUAAAGCUGUCGCUGAAGAGUUAGGCCUCCCCGUCAUAGAUAUCUGGUCAAUUAUGCAGGGAUGCCCAAACUGGGAGAAGUCUUGCUUAAGUGAUGGCUUGCAUUUUACUCCUUACGGCAACAAAGUGUUGUAUGAGGAGGUUGUCAAGAAGCUUAGAGAUGGAGGGCUGUGCAUCGGGACCCUUCCUGCUGAUCUACCACUCUUUUCUAGCAUCGACCCGAACGAUCCUUUGAAGUCAUUUUCCAACUGAAUAACGCAAGGAUCUGCCCAAUAUUGAGUUCAUGACAAAGCACCCCGGGCUCAAAUAGUUGGGACAGUUGUUGCUAAAGAUAUUCAUCUGUUGAUUUUACAGGGUGUCUCUUAGUUAUUUGCUUUUAGAAUUAAGAAUUUCAGAGUGAAAACUUGGUCAAGAAACUAGUUUGGUUAACACCUUUCUUGCUUAAUGGUAGACAUCUAAGUGUAUCACCUGGCUCACGCAGGAGAUUGUUCUUUGUUGAUUGGAUGUGUGUUUGUGA